GCCCUUCAAAAGGUCGCGACCACGUCCUCGCUUCUGCAUCCCCCGCUCUACUUCUCUUCUUCUGUCUCUCGCGCCUUUUCUUCACCUGCAGCUAGCUCUGCAUUUCAAUCACAUCGCGUGCUUAGCUGCACGUUUCUCUGCCUCUCCACUCGUCCCUAUUCCAAGAAGAAGAAAAUGCCUCCCAAGAAGCAGGUAGAGCAGGAGAAGAUUCUCCUGGGCCGUCCCGGCAACAGUCUGAAGAGUGGAAUCGUCGGCCUUGCAAACGUCGGAAAAUCCACCCUCUUCCAGGCGAUUACCAAGUGCCACUUGGGCAACCCGGCCAACUUCCCCUACGCCACAAUUGACCCCGAAGAGGCCCGCGUUAUCGUUCCCGACGAGCGGUAUGACUGGUUGUGUGACAAGUUCAAGCCCAAGUCUCGAGUUCCCGCCAACUUGACCGUCUACGAUAUUGCAGGUCUGACCCGCGGUGCCUCUACUGGUGCCGGUCUGGGCAACGCCUUCUUGUCCCACAUUCGUGCUGUCGAUGCCGUCUUCCAGGUCGUGCGCUGCUUCGACGAUGCCGAGAUCAUCCACGUCGAGGGUGAUGUGAACCCCACUCGUGACUUGGAUAUCAUCGCCGAGGAGUUGAGGCUCAAGGAUAUUGAGUUCGUGGAGAAGGCCCUUGAGAACCAGAAGAAGAAGACCCGACAGGGUGGCCAGAGUCUGGAGCAGAAGAAGGCAAGAGAGGAGGAGGCGACGAUAGAACGAAUUCUCCAGUGGCUCAAGGACGGCAAGGACGUCAGGCACGGCAACUGGAGCCCCAAGGAGGUCGAGGUCAUCAACCCCCUUUUCCUGCUUACUGCCAAGCCCGUCGUCUUCCUCGUCAACCUGUCGGAGAAGGACUACAUCCGAAAGAAGAAUAAGCACCUGCCCAAGAUCGCCGAGUGGUGCAAGGAGCACGCACCUGGCGACCCGAUCAUCCCCAUCUCAGUGUGUCUCGAGGAGCGCUUGUCUCAAUUUGAGAAUGAUGACCAGGUGAAGGAGGAGUGCAAGAACAUUGGCGCCGACUCGGCACUACCAAAGGUUAUCGUCCAGAUGCGAAAGGUUCUCAACCUGGGCAGCUUCUUCACAGUCGGCCCUGAUGAGGUGCGGCAAUGGACCAUCCGCAACGGCACAAAAGCCCCUCAAGCAGCUGGUGUCAUCCACGGUGACUUUGAGAAGACCUUCAUCCAGGCCAUCGUUUACAAUUUCACGACCCUGAAGGAGGUUGGUGACGAGGCAGAGGUGAAGGCGAAGGGUAAGAUGAUGACCAAGGGCAAGGACUACGUCGUACAAGACGGGGAUAUCUUGCUUAUCAAAGCUGGUGCUGCCAAGGGCUAGAGUGGCGGCGAGAGCGAUAUAUCUGAAAGAUGAUCCAGUGGUCGUCAAUCUUGACCUGGUCAUAGUAGCCGCAAUAGAAAAAGCGCUGACCUUGUCUGGGCUCUCGAUCCUUCAUGAGCCAUAUUUCGGCUCCAAC